GUUAUCGGACUAUAAGAGACAGUAAGUGUCGCUUCAUUCAUUCAAUUACUUUCGUAGAAGUAUUGAGCAAACACGUGUCCUUCAAUGUUUGUUUUGACUUCUUAGAAAGCAAUGUUGAAGUUUUUUUCUGUGUUAAUAUUGGUAGCAUGUGUUCGUGCUAAGUACGAAGAUAAGCCAUGUGCUUCGAAGCAGAUUCCUGGAGAGUCGGUGGUAUGUGUUUGUAAUGCGACGUACUGCGAUGAGCUACAGAGGUCCAUACCCAGUAAAGAUACCUUCUAUGUUUAUACUUCUUCUGAGGGUGGGUUAAGAUUCCAAAAACAACCUGGGACGUUUGAAAAAAGCGAUGAUUUCAGCAAGUUUCACUUUGUUUUGCACCCAAAAAAGACUUAUCAAAAAAUACAAGGGUUUGGUGGAGCUGUAAGUGAUGCCGCCGGAAUUAACUGGAAAAGCUUACCGCCAAAAUUGCGCAAAAGUUUAAUAGACUCGUAUUACGGUAUCCGUGGUCUUGAGUACAACAUGGCGCGGGUACCAAUCGGUGGCUCUGACUUCUCUACUCACCCGUAUGCUUACAACGAGUCGCCAGUUAAUGACACGCAUCUAACAAACUUCACCCUAGCCCCCGAGGACUUCCAGUAUAAGCUUCCAAUGAUUCACCAAAUGCUGGGAGUAUCUAAAGUGCCUCUGGACAUCGUAGCAACAACAUGGUCUCCACCGCCAUGGAUGAAGACCAACAAUGCUUUUACGGGCUACAGUCGACUGAGGAAAGAAUACUAUCAGACAUAUGCUGAUUAUCACCUUAAAUUUUUACAAACAUAUAAAUCCGAAGGUGUACCAAUAUGGGGCAUUACAACAACAAACGAACCAAUCAACGGUGUACUCAAUUUGGCACCAUUUAAUACACUUGGAUGGACUCCUGGAGAAAUGGGUGAAUGGAUAGUUAACAAUUUGGGUCCAACAAUAAGAAAUUCUGAAUUUAAAGAUUUGAACAUUUUGACAUGUGACGACCAACGCGUCACAAUACCGUUGUGGUUUAACAUUUUAAUAAUGGAACAUCCAGAGGCCUUGAAAUAUAUAGACGGAAUUGCAGUGCAUUACUACACCGACAAGUUUAGUCCUGCAGACAUUUUGGAUUUGGUGACUAAAAACCAUCCUGACAAAUUUAUUUUGGGCACUGAAGCCUGUGAAGGCUCAUAUCCCUGGGAAUCCCCAAAGGUUCUUCUGGGCUCUUGGGACAGAGCAAAGACUUAUGUCACAGAUAUUAUCAAGGAUUUAAAUCACAACAUUGUCGGAUGGAUAGAUUGGAACUUGUGCUUGGAUUCAAGAGGAGGUCCGAAUUGGGCCAAGAAUUUCGUCGACUCACCUAUAAUUGUUUUUGCUGACAAACAAGAGUUUUAUAAACAACCAAUGUAUUAUGCCUUGGGUCAUAUUACUAAGUUCGUACCGAAGCAGUCUUAUAGGAUUGCUGUCGAGACAUCUAAAACAUCUGUCAAAAGUGUUGCUUUUGUAACGCCAAGGAAUACUACGGUUAUUGUUAUGUAUAACGACGAUGAUAAGACAACUGUAAAUAUAAAGCGUGGCGAAAGAGCUCUACAAUUGACACUGGCAGAGAGAUCAAUAGUGACGCUUGAAAUGUACAACUCUGAUACAUAGAAGUAUUAAUAAAUAUAUAUAUUAAG